AAGUAAGUGAGCAGAGUCUCUUCUCCCCCAUUUCUCCGGCAACAAACAAUGGCGAAGCUUCUUUCCGAAGCUACCAAACGGGUCUUCACUCCGGAAACACUACGGUCCGCCGCCAAGCAAUCGGAGGGAUGCCUCGUGGUUUCCGUCCGCCUCCGCCGGGCAAUCAAAAGGUACCUCAAGGAGCUGGAGGAGCCGCACAUGAAGAAGAAAGUGCUGAGGCUGUCUCAGUCCUUCAGCGAAAUCAAGGACGCCAACUCCAUGCUUUCCGCCAAUACUUCCAAGGAGCUGGUCGAGGAUCCCUUCAAGUCGAUGGAGAGCUCCCAGCGGUGGAAAAUCAGGAGCGCUUAUGGAGACAUCGGGCUCACGUACUCGGAUAGCGAGACCGUCGCUUAUGUAGCUUCUCGAAUGCCCGCCGUUUUCUCUGCCUGCUUCCGCGUUCUCAACGAGGUAGGGAAAAGGUUGCCGGAUUUUUCUCCGGCGAAGGUGUUGGAUUUCGGUGCUGGGACUGGUUCAGCAUUCUGGGCUAUGAAAGAAGUGUGGCCAAAAUCAAUCAAGAAGGUAAAUUUAGUGGAACCAUCUCAGUCAAUGCAGCGUGCAGGCAGAAGCCUUAUCCAAGGAUUGAAGGAUUUACCACUUAUUCAUGGCUAUGAUAGCAUUCAGGGUCUAAGUAAAAAUCUCAAGAAGACUGAGAGAGAGCAUGACCUCGUGAUUGCUUCAUAUGUGCUUGGUGAGAUACCAUCGAUGAAAGAUCGAAUUACUAUAGUGCGCCAGCUUUGGGAUCUUACCCGAGAUGUCUUGGUUUUAAUUGAACCAGGCACACCACAUGGAUCUAACAUCAUAUCUCAGAUGCGAUCUCACAUACUGUGGAUGGAGAAAAGGAAACUCCGUAAAUCUCAAAAGAAAAGCAGUGAGACGUGCAGCGACUUGGUUCCCGUUAACAAUGGUGUUUUUAUUGUUGCCCCUUGUUCCCAUGAAGGGCGGUGCCCUUUGGAGAAAUCUGGAAAAUACUGUCAUUUUGUUCAGCGCUUGCAAAGAACAACCUCACAAAGGGUAUACAAGAGCUCAAAGGGUGGUGGACCAUUGCGCGGUUUCGAGGAUGAGAAGUUUUCUUUUGUUGCUUUCAGACGAGGACAAAGACCUCGGGACACUUGGCCGCUGUCUGGUGUGAAAUUAGAAAGUCUGAAAGAACAACGUGCAAACAGAAGUUCAGCAGAAGUUCUGGAAAUUGAUUACGAUGAAUAUGCGGAGCAGCACGAAUACGAAGAAGAGGAUGACGACGACGUUGAUGAUGGGAAACACAAAGGAGCAGACCGCAUCAAUUAUGACUCUGAUUUCAGUGAAACUGACAACAUUGAAGAUGAUAAUGAAGAAGGACAGGAACAAGAAGAGAUGGUAAAAACAGACGCAGCAGAAACAAGUGAGGCAGACCUCGGGGGCGGUUGGGGAAGGAUCAUUUUCUCGCCGGUUCGAAGAGGCAAGCAUGUUACUCUGGAUGUCUGCAGAUCAGUGAACGAGGAGAGCACAGAGGGCUCAUAUGAACGCAUAGUCGUGACCAAGAGCAAGAACCCGACAUUGCAUCACCAAGCCCGCAAAUCUCUGUGGGGUGAUCUCUGGCCCUUCUGAGAAAUAGCUCCAUUUAAUUAAUUUUUCUGUAUCUAAAGUUCUGUAACAGAAUAUAAAUGUACCAAAAUUUCCAGAUGGCCUUUGCCUUCUGCUGCAUCCCAGAAUGCAACUAAGAACAACUUUUGUAUUGACAUUCUAUUGAUCAAUAAAUGAAGAAUGGAUCAUCAUAGGGAUCCAAUAUUUUCUUCCUUGGCAGAAUGAGAAACAUCCUUUGUUUGCUUUAGU